UGUCAAAACAUUGUCCAAACGUAUGAGUUGGGGAUUGAACUAUGUAGACUCUUUUUAAAUUACAAAAUAUGCGUUGAUUGCCUUAUAAACGGACUGAACGAGACUCAGUUGGGUGAAUACAUAAUACGGUGAUGAAGAAAGUUACAUUUGACGAUAGUAACAAUCGCGUGUAUGUACUGAUCGCGUGGUCCUUUGCAUAUAGUGCGGCACGAAAAGGGCCUUGGGAAACUAUGGCCUUGGAUAGAUUUCGCUUUAGUACAAAAAUAGAGCAAUUUUGUAAGAUAUUGUCUCCCGUCUUAGCAGAAAAUCAUCGUUUAUCAGUUUAUCUGACUAGAUUUCAAGGACACCAGAACUCAAUGUAAUGGUCAUCAGACAGCAAUAUAAUGGUGGUAGAAACUGUGAAUGGAAUCAGUCGAAUAGUGUUCGCUAAUCAGUUAAAAUGGAUCUUAAUCAACUCAACAGUAGCACCUACUGCAAACCUUUCAAGAACGUCAAGGAUAUGAAGGUCGGUGAAAAGUAUAAAGUGAUUGGUAUCGACCUAAUCAAUACCAAAUAUGGCGACCGAAUACUGAUCGAUACUGAGAACUUUAAGUGCAUCCUUCCUUUGCGCUUUUAUGACUACUUCAAGAGCGACAACCGUCUGCAGAUCUUCAAGGACACCUUGUCCAGGGAAAAAGUGUUUAUAACAAGCGCCGGAACGGCGGGGAAGACUACUAAUUUAACAUUUAUGUAAAAAAGUUGUAAAUGAGAUAGAGAGAAAUAAUAAAAUGUUGUUGAUGAGAGAGAGAAAUUGUGUCUCUUAUUUAAAUGCAUAUCCACCCUUAGAAACACUUUAGUUGUUCUGUGAUCGUGGGGUCGAGAUCAUCUCAACGAAAAAAAGCUCCAAAAUGGAUACAAUCAGUUGUACUAAUAAUUAUUUCUCGUGCUCGUGCUGGUGCUGUAAUAACAACAAAGACACUAGUGAUGAUUCUAUCACCCAGUUUGCCGAAAAUGUGCAUAGUAAAGCUGCCGACGAACGUUUAAUCGAUUGCUCAUCAUAUGACCUCUACGAUGGUGAAAGCAAUUCGAAGAAAUAUAUUGAAAUUGGCUACAGUACGCAUCUUAAUUUGGCCCCAGUUUUACGAAUUGUGCACUCUCCAUUAAAUGCGAUAGUGAUGGUGAAAGAAGAUUGGGAAAUGCUUCUAAAGCACCAAACAUAUCUCGAGAUGAAGUUCUUUAGAUCUCAAGAGCUCGAAAAUUGGAUCGACUGGUCCAAUGUUAAGGAAGAAGAUAUUGAGCACGACAAAAGUUCUGAAUCGCUUAACGCAAAUUUUACUAUUCAUUAUAACAGGAAAUUUGUGCGGGAUCCCACGACGACUGAGAAAAUAUUAGAGAGCGUAACAAUACAACGUGAUAAGCUGCAUUAUUGCACGAUGAGUAAGUACGUCGUUGAAGAAUUGUUUAAUCUAAAAGAUAUAAUCAACUAUCGUUUGGAUUUACUGGAAUCGUACGCUCUGUCCUGUUUCUAUCAGGAUGUUAUCGAACAGGUGAUUAACUACCGUCAUUUUCGUAAAAUGGAGUUUGGUAACGAGGACGAGGGCGACGAUGACAACAUCUAUCGCGAUAUUGAAGACGUAUUAAACUAUAAGUUUAACGUCAAUUCUCAUAAUACAGUUUGCAUGAUGGAAUUAUUAUACUAUCGACCUACUUAUUUUAUGUAUCACAUAUGUCAAUAAACGUACUUUAUUUGAGCAUUUUUGUUUUAUUUGAUGGAUGGAUUUCCUAUAAAUAUGGCAACUUAUUGCCGCAAUUCAACAAUGUUGAAUCGGAAGCGGAAGUGUACGGAUGGGAGUGGCUUGGUUAAUAAUCUCAUAAACAAACUUCCAGUGGAACUACAUAUUCCUGGCUAUCAGUAUUGCGGACCUGGAUGCGAUGACGGGUGCUCACAGAAAUGCCUAACGAACUAGAUAAAUGCAUUCAUGAUUCAGGUAAAAGAAGAGUAUACGGAUUCAAGAACGAAUAAUCGUGCACCUAAAAAUAACUUUACUUAAUGUGUACCUAAAGCAAAUUUUAAUAAUUUGGUUUCAUUUUGUAUAAAAAAUUAUGUCUUAAUUAAACACAUCUAAUUAAUUAUAACAUCGCCUAUCGCUUGAAGGUAUUAAUCCCAUUCAGAGG